UUCCGACUUAGAUGGUGCCGAACAAAGGUAGGAGCAACUAUUGGCGGGGAAAAACGCAGUAAAACGAAAAUGUAAAGCUCCACCUGUGAUAUGGGUAAAGCAGGGCUUCAUAAGCAUCCACUACCUACGUUGGAAGGGCAUGGUGGGGAUGAAGAUGGGGGCAACUGAGUUGAUGACGUGGGCUUUAACUCUCUGAAAAUGAUGUCUCUGUCUCAUAAGGUAGCCAUCUCAUAUUUAAAUCUUAUCAACACAAAGCAGAAAUAAGCUCUGCAUACGAUUGCCAAUUAUACCAGUCGAAAUGGCACAUUCGAUACCAAUGCGGAGUUUGUCCAGGGAAUUUACUUCCAUGCAAAAGAGGCGUCAUUCCAGCCAACUUGGAAGCCUCAAGGAUCAGAAUUCGUUAGAAGUGUGUGUUCAAACCCUAGAUGAACCAGGAAUUGAACAACCUGAGGGAUACAAUUCUUCUAGAGAGAGGAAACUUACCCAUUCCCGAACACUGCUUAUUUCUGCCAGUGGUCAAUGCAUUCCAAUUGUUGAUGAUGAAGAGAAGGAACCUAUACAACACCCUGAAUUUGAACCUCCACAAGGGAGAAUAGAAUCUGAUAUCAGAAAUUCGAGUAUUAAAGAAAAGUUUCUUCAGCCUAAGAAACGAAGGAAGGAUAAGAUUAUACAUGCAAACACAGAUGUCCUGUCCAAUUACCAUGAUUCUUAUCUCUAUGGAAAAGUAGUCCCAACAAUUAAAGUUCGUGCUGCUAUUCGAGGUGGAAAAUGGAGUCCUCUGCUUAUGUGGGUGGAAUCUUUGGCAGCUCUUACAUUAAUUGCCCUUUAUGUGAGGUCAACAUACACUUCAGAGUUUCAUCAUUCUAUUCAAGCUUUAAGGAUCACAUGUGCUUCAUUCUUUGUGGUAGACUACUUCGUCAAAUUCUACAGCGUUCCUGUUCGACUUUACUAUAUCGUGUCAUUUACAGGCAUAAUUGACCUGAUCAGUGCUCUUCCCUUUCUCAUAAUAUGGAGUCCAUGGAAACAAGAUGAUGCUAUUCCACAACUUAUAUUGGUUUUACGCUUCUUAAGAAUUGUCCCUCCUUUGGCAUCCAUGGUGCUUGCAAGGAAUACCAUUGGAACACAAAUAUUCAUUCUUACUGCAUAUACACUUGGAGUUGGUAGCAAAGCCAUUGGAAGUCUAUAGUGGAUUUGAGAGUUUGAGGUGCCACAUCAUCAAAGUCGUUUGUUGUUUGAU